AAAAAAAGAAAGAAAAAAAGUUUAUUUGGGUGAGGUUGGUUGGCAAGCGAAUCGAAUCGAAUCGAAUCGAAUCAGAGUUGAAGGGUUUAGUGAGUGAGAAGUAGCGAGAAACGAGAAAGAAGAAAGCAAAGAUGGCUUCGUCGAAGAGCGGAAGCGGAGCAAUGACUCUAGAAAGAAUGAGCGUUGAACAGUUGAAAGCAGUUAAGGAACAAGCCGAUCUAGAAGUUAACCUUCUUCAAGACAGCCUCACCAAUAUCGGCACCGCCACCACUCGUCUUGAGAUCGCUACUUCCGCUCUUAACGAUCUCUCUCUCCGUUCUCUCGGUAGUAAAAUCCUCGUUCCUCUUACCGCUUCUCUCUACGUUCCCGCUACUCUCCAUGAUACUCAACACGUUCUCGUCGAUGUCGGAACCGGUUAUUUCAUCGAGAAAACGAUGCCGGAAGGAAAAGAUUAUUGCGAGCGCAAAAUCAAUUUACUCAAAUCUAACUUCGAUCAACUUGUUGAGGUGGCAUCCCAAAAGAAAAAUGUGGCAGAUGAAGCUGGGGUUAUUUUACAGGCCAAAUUGAAGCAAUUAGCAUCUUCAUCGUAAAAUUAGCUGGGGAAGAGAAUGGGGCUCUUGUAUAUAAUUAUCAUUUCCUCACCUUUCUUUGUUCAAUGGAAUUAUGCAAGACGAUAUGAAGGUGUCUGUGAGGGGUUAUGAUAAAGGGGACGUUAAUGCUUUGUGUUAAAAUGUUUUAGACUUUUGUUGUAACUUGCAAUUUUAAUUUUACUAUAGCUAAUAGUUAUUAUUAAUUAAAGUAACACUAAUAGUUAUUUUACAAUUGUUCCUUAGGGGUUUAAAUUUCGUCCUCUGAGGUUAUAAGAUCAAACAUGUUCUACUGAGCUGACACUAUGGACUACUAUAGCUAAUAGUUGCUCUUGCAAAAGACAGGAGCAUCCUUUAUACACAAGAACGGGGUGACAUGUUCACAAAUUGAUUUUUAUGACGUGAAACUGCAUAGAAAACUGUGUUAAUGGUGAAGUCAUACUAGGAGAUAGAUUUGAUUAUAAACUUCAGUUGAAAAAAAUUUAAUAGAACAAAAUCAUGUUUAACGAUCUUAGGACAAAAUGACAACUAUUGAAGGGGAAAAGAAAUGGUAAUUUGAGGAAGAGGGGUUCAAAGAAGAGGGCUAAAAAGGUCACCCGCAUGAUAGAGGGCUCUCAGACCAAAGAUAAAUAUUAUUGGUUGUAGGAUAGCGUUCAACAACUUGAUAAAAUUUUGGAAGUGUUAUUAUACAUGAUUCUUGUGUAAAAAUAAGGAAAACUGAAAUAAAUAUCAGGUACUAGCAGCUUAGAAAGUCUCUAAAAAGUGGCUAGCAGAGUCAAAACAGAAGUGGAAAUAGGAUUUUAUAUGUUUGCUAAAAUACAGAGAAAAAGUCGUGCAUCAUGUGAGAUACUUUUGGUGCGAGGGGAAAGUCUUGGUCAUGGAGCAAGAUGAUCAAUGAAUUAUGCCAGAGUUAUUUUCGUAUCAAGGUGUUGUUUGAUCACAAACAUAAUGCAAUAGAGGAUAUUGGUUUUUCUCA